CAGGCGGCCACUUACAUAAACGGGGAGCCGCGGCGAGCUCGCAGCCUCCGCAUCCCACUGCAGUCAGUGCGGCGGACACGGCACACGCGAGCAGGUCGGCGGACGGCGACCAUCCAGACAGCGCACAGGGCGAGAUUGAAGCAGCGUGUAGACGAUGGCGGUGGACGCAGAGGCAGCGCAGCAGCAGUGGGGGGAGGAGGCAGAGGGGCGGCUGCAGCCCGAGCAGGAGCGGCUGCUGGAGUCUGCGGAGGAGGCGCGGCCCGCCGUCACGGCCAGGGCGGCAGCCGCGGCUGCGGGCCACGCGCAGGCGGCCCGCGGGCGGCAGCAGCAGCAGCAGCAGCCGCCAGCACCACAGGCGCCCGACGGCGGGUGGAGCUGGCUCGUCGCCGCCGCCGUCGCCUUCAUCUGCACAGCUACCAUGGGCCCUGCGCUGACGUCGCCGUUCGUGUUCGCCGACUACCUGGAGGAGAUCGGCCAAGGCUCGCAGGGCAUGACGACCCUGCUCAGCGUCUGGAUGGCGACCUCUUCUCUUUCAGGCCUCUUCUGCAACAAACUUUUCCAGCGCUUCUCAUGCAGACAAGUUGGUUGGAUAGGAGCAGUCAUCAUGGCCAUUGGACAAGGACCCGUCGCUUUUGCCACUGCAUUCUGGCACUUCAUUCUGGCCAACAUUUGCGGCGGUCUAGGCAUGGGCCUCGUCGUUACAGCAUGUUUUACGGGUUUCAAUAUUUACUUCCACCGCAGAAAAACCUUUGCGAUGGGGAUUACUCAGUUGGCAAUGGGACUAGGAAUUUUCGGGUUUCCGAUGUUGGUACAACAUUUAGUGGACAGUUUUGGCUUCAGAAUGGCGCAGUGCAUUAUCUGCGCAAUCAAUAUGAGCAUUAUUCCUGUCUUAGUAAUCCUGAGGCCACUGCAGAAGAGGAGCCCAGGCAAGAGCGCUGACAAGCGCUCGUCUGCAAGUCGGAGUACCGAAUUUCGCUCGGGCUUUGCAAGUCAGAGGACCGAUAUCUCAAAGUCUUUGUCAGUGGAUCACAUAAAUGAAAGGAAUGCAGAGGAACAAAACUUGAACGGAGACAAGUUCAAUAUGUCUCUAAACCAUUUAUCAACGCGAGGACGUAGUCUGAACGAUAAGGAAAUGACGUCGACAGAAAGGAAGGAAGAUCUCGGAGGCGAAACACAGCAGAAGCGACCUUCCCACCACAGUGCUGGGACUCUCAACAGUCAGGUACAGUCGUCUCGACCAGCGAGCUCUCUAAAAGACAGCCCAUCACCAAGAGCUGCAGCAGGCAGGAACACCAGAAGAUGGUGGUCAGCAGUUGUGGACCUCUUUGACUUGACACUGAUGCAAGAUUUCUCCAUAGCUAAUUCUCUAGUUGGUAUAUCUCUGAUAUUCUUCGUCGACAUGAUGUUUAUGACGGUGAUUCCACUGUACUUGUUCAACACCGGACUUUCUCGUAAAGACGCUGCCUUGGCCAUGUCUGUGAUGACUUUCUCUGACAUGGCAGGACGGCUUAGUAUGGCAAUCAUCGGCGCCUGUGGGGUCACGAAGAACAGGCUGCUGUUCCUUCUGGGUUCAACAGCGUGCGUGUCCUUCCGAACAAUGAUAAUAUUCUUCGUGGAGUUCACGCCAAUUGUUGUACUGUCAGUGCUGAUGGGCUUCUCCAGGAGCUACGUCACGAGCACCAUGCCUCUCGUGAUUGGAGAGACGUGCAGCAAGGAACGCUUUCCCGCCGCCUAUGGUCUACACCAAGUCAUGUCUGGCAUCCUUUACAUCACCAUCGGACCUCUAAUAGGUUUGCUGAAAGAUAUGACCAACAGUUUUGUGGCAAGUAUCGCUACUUUAGACGUGAUUGCACUUCUUUGCAUUGUAUCCUGGAUUUUGGAAAUAAUUGUGACUUACAAAAGGAAGCGAGAUAAGCUGGCACCUAACAUGUAGAAGGCCAUUAACUACAUUUGUUUACAUGGACUAAUGGACGAAUAAUGUGCCAGAUGCUGAGUGUAGCAAUUCUGGCAGUGAUACUUGCCACCAUUGCAGUAUUAUUCAAGCAAAUCUAGUGUAAGAUAUUAAUUGUAAAUGAAAUUCAUUUUCAGUUUACUGAAAUACCAUAUGUACAAACAUUCAUUUUACCAUAUGUAUUUCAUUAGUGUAUAAGUACAUUUUUGAGAGAGUGUUACCCAUACUUCAUUUAUAAUUAAGGCACAAAGACAAACUACAAUUGAUUGGUCCUUGCAAGAUUUUCUGCAUGACCUUAACAUGACAAAUUAUGACACAGAGCUUUAGAAUAGUCAUAGUCUGUUUUGUUUUAUUCCACACAUUUGUACAAAAUGUAUUAUAUUUGACAGAUUUUGUCUCAGCUGAGUGGAGAAACCAGGAGGUAGCCAAAAUAAAAAUGUGAUCAUAAAUUAUUUUUUUAUUUUCAGAAAUUGUAAAUAUUGGCACCUACGCAUUUUUAGUUUUCUUAUUUUAUUUGAUCUUAAUGUAAUUAUUUUUAAC